AUAAAUGCAUAAACUUCAGUAAACAUGAGGAGAUAGCCAGUGUUUGAUUGUGUUCCAGUAUUUGUGCUUCUCCAUGUGAAGAAAGCUUCUGUGAACUUCUUGUCUUCUCCACAGACGUCUCCUGGAAGAGAUCUUUCAAAAUGGGUCCAGAAGGAAAGAAGCUCCUGAACAUCAUCAUCCUGGGCUUUGGCUUCAUGUUCAUGUUUACUGCUUUUCAGACAUGUGGAAACAUAGAGCAAACGGUGAUCAAGAGCUUCAACAGCACCGAGUUUCAUGGGAGCGGCUAUACCAGCAUGGCCAUCAUUUAUGGAGUCUUCUCUGCAUCCAACCUGGUGGCCCCCUCUGUGGUUACGGUCAUUGGGCCCCAGGUCUCCAUGUUCCUCAGCGGCCUGUUGUACAGCGGCUACAUCGCCAUGUUCAUCCACCCAUUCACCUGGAGCUUCUACACGGCGUCUGUGUUGGUGGGAAUCGCUGCUGCAGUUCUGUGGACGGCUCAGGGAAACGUUCUGACCAUAAACUCCACCGACAGAACCAUCGGCAGGAACAGCGGCAUAUUCUGGUCGCUGCUGCAGUUCAGUUUGUUCUUCGGGAACCUCUACAUCUACCUCGCCUGGCAAGGACACGAGCGCAUCUCUGACAUGGACCGCAGGACCGUCUUCAUCUCGCUCACUGUCAUUAGCUUAGUUGGCUGCUUCCUGUUUUUCCUGAUCCGGAAGCCCGACCCGGAGGCCUCUUCACGUUCUGAGGCGACAGAGUCUCUGCUGCAGACAGACUCUGCAGAUGGCUCCACAGACAGCUCCUGCCAGGCGGGUCUAUGCUCCCAGGCUCUGGAUGCUUUUGUUCAAGCCUGUAAAAUAUCUGUGACCAAAGAGAUGCUGCUGCUGAGCGUCUCCAUCGGAUACACAGGUCUGGAGCUGACCUUCUACAGCGGUGUGUAUGGGACCUGUAUCGGAGCCAUGACCCGCUUUGGGUCCGAUGCCAAGAGUCUGAUCGGUCUCUCUGGAAUCUGUAUCGGCAUUGGAGAGAUCCUGGGAGGGGGCGUCUUCGGGAUGCUGAAUAAAAACAAGCGCUUUGGGAGGAACCCCGUGGUGCUGCUGGGACUCAUCACUCACUUUGUUGCCUUCUUCCUGAUUUUCCUGAACAUCGCCAGCGAUGCUCCGCUGGCACCAGAAGGCGGGACGGAUCUGAAGGCUUUCAUCACACCCAGCGUCGGGGUGGCGCUGUUCUGCAGCUUCCUGCUGGGUCUGGGCGACAGCUGCUUCAACACGCAGCUCCUCAGCAUCAUCGGCUUCACCUUUCCAGACAACAGUGCCCCCGCCUUCGCCGUCUUCAAGUUCAUCCAGUCCAUCAUGGCCGCCGUGGCCUUCUUCUACAGUAACUUCCUGCUGCUCCACUGGCAGCUGCUCAUCCUCGUCAUUGUCGGCUUCCUGGGAUCCGUCACGUUUUUCGUAGCCGAGUGGGUCACCGAGUCCAGGAGGAGGGAUUCCGACUAUGACAGCAUCUGAAACGAGACGACUAGCUCUGCCGGACCAGAACCGAUACCAGCCAGCGGCGGGAAUCGAACAAAAGGGACAAUCGCUGCGGCCGGUUCCAGCCGGUUUGCUCUCAUGCUAACUUAGACACUUUGCUUGAUGGGUGGAGGGAAAAUAUGUUUGAUUAAAAAAUGAUUUCAUGUGAUGGUGGACCUGCUGCAGACAGAAGGUCUGAGUGGGCCCAGUCCAGACCAGUUCAGCCCAGUUCAGGUCAGCCCAGUUCAACCCAGUUUAACCCAGUUCAGCCCCGUUCAGUUCAGCCCAGUUCAACCCAGUUUAACCCAAUUCAGUCCAGUUUGAUCCCUCUCCUAAGUUAAGCCCUUGAUAAAAGGAUCUUUUCUCUGCUCACACCAGAACCAGUUUUAUGGUACCAGAACCAGUUUUAUGGCACCAGAACCGGUGAAAUCGGUGGUCCAGCAUGAAGACUGGAUCCAGUUGAUCCAUCUUGACAUGAAAACAUCAAAUGAAAUCAGGAACUGGACCAAAGCAGGACUGAUUCCCUGAGUCUGCAGGAACCAGAUUAAAGGAACCUUCCAUUCCACUUGGUCCAAUUGACAGAAAGUUCAGAACCUUCUAGACGGACUGGAGGCUACAGGAGUACCCAGGAACCGUGACCCAUUUCCUCAUCAAACCUGAUAACUGGUUCUGGACUGGGCCCAGAUGGAAGCAGCGUGGUACCGGUCCGAGAACCACAGAUCCAUUUCAGGCUGGGAGCAACCAGCCGAUUCUGUGACCCAGUUAGACCAGAACAGGUUAUCCAUCAUCAGUCUGAUGGUUUGCUGUGGUUCUUGGGACCGGUUCUGUCCGGUUUAUUUUGGUCGAUAAGGGAAAUAAGUGAUGAUGAUGAUUUUAUACUUAAAAUGUGGUGAUGAAGAAAGGAGCGCUUGUUUUUAUGACCAAUAAAAUUCGGUU